AUGUCAAAAAAAGCAAGUCGAAAAUCGUUUAUCACGAUUGUCAACGAAAUACAUCAGGCUUAUGAGAGAAUGAGAGAUUUAUACAAAUUCGUGGAGUACAAUCGACGAAUAUGUGAUGCUUUGAUAUGUAGGGUUGACUCUGUCGAGUUUAAAUUGCGAGAUAUGUUGAAAAUUCGAAUAAAUGAAGAUAAUAAAUAUUAUGAAAAUAUGAAAAUUUAUAGCCAUGAUAAUUAUUUCACAAUGCAGCAACUUUUGACUAAUAUUCAUGAUAUGGAAAAGUUUAUUGAUGAACUGUCACAUUUAAGAACUUACUUUACGGGAAAAUCAAUUGAGACCACUUUUUAUGAGUUAACAAAAAGGUUUGAUAUAUAUAUAAAAACCUUGAAUGUUAAGAUAGAUGUGGACGUUAAUUCUGAAUCUGUAUUGUUAACGAUGGAUAUUAAGAGUUUUGAAAAGAACAAGUUAUAUCAUAAUAAAGUUAAAAAACCUGAUGAGAUAAAUCUAGAUUCCAUUAUAAAACAAGACUCUCUGGCAUCAUCCCCUGCAGAGCAAGACUUUUUCGUCAAUCCUUUAAGGAUUAACUAUGAAACUAAGAUCAAUGGCCAAAAAAAAGUAAACAUACUAGGUUUAAAUGUUUAUUGUGAAGUAGAAGGCCACAGACAAUCUGAUAUUGAAUUAUUGGAAUUAUUGCAGUUGCACGAAGAAGAAAUUUUUAAUGUUCUUCCAACCAGUGCGAUUGGAAUAGGGAUUACCUUUGUAAAGUCAUAUCAAGAGCCUUCCAUCAUUCUUUAUGUCAAUACGUUACCUGAACUUUCCGAACAAACCAUUAAAAAUUUUUUUGAAAUAUUACAACGACCACCAGAAGAUAUUGUUAUUUGCCAAUUACUCGACGAAGAUAAUCUUAAUAAUAGUGACGAACGAAGCAAUAAUGACAACUCUAGUAGAAACUUUAGGGUAGAAAAGGAAGAUAAUAAUAGAGAAAGAGAAAAUAAUUCUGAUAGGGACAAAGGAGAAAAUAAAGAUAGUAAGGAUGAUUCUAAUGGAGGCAAGGAAUAUAACAAAGACAAUAAGGGUGACUCCAACGAAAGUCAGGGAGUUAAUGAUGAAAAUGGAAAUGGAUUAAACAAAAAUAACAAAGGCAAGGAAAAAGAAGAUGGUGGAAAUGGUGGAGAUGGUGGAGAUGACCCAAAUGACGCGAAUGCUACGAUGUCAUACGGAACUAUUGACGCAAACGCUUCUGCUAAUAUUACGUCUAGCAAUGACAGUAAUUCAAUUGGUCAGGUAGUUACUAUACAUUUUAUGUUGAGUAUGUGGCAUCCAGGGAAUAAAGAUAAUAAAUUAGAAUUUGAGAUCUCUAAAAUAAACUUUUCAGGUGGAGAGAUGUUAUCUGAUCGAUUUAAAAAAAUCAGCGGUGAAGGAUAUUACCCCGUUGAAGCUAAAAUUAACUUCAAAGCCUAUCAUAACUGUCAGCAAGACAAUACUUCUGUUUUAAUUACUGUUGAAGAAUCCUCUCCAUAUAGUGAGAUGGGAUAUAUGCAGAUUUCAUUGUCAAAAGUAAAAUGUUUAUCAACUAAUCCUAAUCGAGGCUUUAGAGAAAUUACAUGGAAACAUCACAUAAGAAACGAGGAAAAAAAGAUUCCUGAUUACUCACAAGUACCAAUACACAAGGCCCACUUUAGAUACGCAAAAGAUCUUGUAAAAGAGUUCGAAUUUAAGACGGAAUUAACUUUAGAAUUUAAGAAAAAAUGGUUUUCGAAGGAAUUAAUGUUGCGUCGGUCUCGU